UGCAUACACAUGUGUAUAUAUAUCUAUAUAGAGAGAGAAAAUUAAGAACAAUUGUAAAUCUGAAAUAGACCAGCAAGAAAGAGAACCCUCCGGUUGUUGAGCUAAGAACAGUUAAUGCCUUUGUUCUUCACGAGGAACAUAGCUCCCAACUCGGGCUACUUUCCUCUUUCUCUCUCUAUAUUUACAUGUGUAUGAAGGAGUCGGCAGCUGAGUAUACAAAGAAAUGGGGCUGAGGAACAGUGGAAUCUGACCUCUGCAGAAGACCCUUUUCUUCUUCCUCUCUCACAUUGUUGGAAAUUUAUUAUAAUGGCAGAAGAAAUCUGUUUCUUCAAUAAGGAUACUCUCAUCAUAAAGCCUCCAAAGAAAUCUCCUGCAUUAUCAAGGAUGAUAGUCUUAUUAUUUGCAGUGGUUUUUGGUAUUUAUAUGUGCUCAAUCUGUGUAAAGCAAAUUAAUGGCCGCACCGGGAUUAAGUUUGCAGAGGUCGAAGUUCUUGAGGGGCCUUGUUACGAUGAUGUCAUCGAUCGAACCCAAAUUCCCUAUGUGCAUUAUCCUAGACCUGGAACCUUUAGCAGGGCUGAAUGUGCAUGUAAUCCAGUACGAUUCUUUGCUAUUAUCUCGAUGCAGAGAUCUGGAAGUGGUUGGUUCGAGACACUGUUAAAUAGUCAUGUUAAUGUGAGUUCCAAUGGUGAGAUAUUCUCUGUUAAAGAGAGGAGAGAGAACAUUUCUUCAAUAGUGGAGACUCUAGAUAGAGUUUACAAUUUGGAUUGGUUUAAUAGUGCUUCAAAGAACGAGUGCUCAGCUGCUGUUGGCUUCAAGUGGAUGCUUAACCAGGGAUUGAUGGAGCACCAUAAAGAAAUAGUGGAGUACUUCAAUAGGAGGGGUAUUUCUGCAAUAUUUCUCUUUCGAAGAAAUCUAUUACGCCGGAUGGUUUCAAUGCUUGCAAAUUCCUAUGACCGAUACGCUAAGCUGUUGAAUGGGAUCCACAAGUCUCACGUGCACUCGCUAGAAGAGGCUGAUACACUUUCAAAAUACAAGCCAAUGAUAAAUACCACGUCAUUGAUGGCUGAUCUGGAGCAAAUGGAAGUGACAGCCACCGAGGCGUUGGAAUACUUUAGCAGCACCCGGCACAUGAUUCUGUAUUAUGAGGAUCUUAUCAAGAACCACACUAAACUGGUAGAUGUUCAAGAGUUCCUGAAGCUGCCGCAGAUGGACUUAAGAAGCCGUCAGGUUAAGAUACACAAAGGGCCAUUGUCAGAUCACAUUAAGAACUGGGAUGAUGUCAACAAGACACUCAAGGGGACAACUUAUGAGAGCUUCCUCCGCGUGGACUAUUAGUUUAGUCCUCCGCUAACUUGAGGGAAUGGUGUAAAUAACAAUGUCAACAAUACUCUCGUUAGCAGAAGCUGACAGAAGUAUCGGUCUUUUGGAAAUUUUGCAGCAGCAUUGGCAUGGCAUGCGAUGAUGCUUCAAUGCUGGUUACAUUUUGGUAUGCGCCUCCAUCUUUUUCACUUUCCUCCCCUUUUCUUAUGGUAAACAUGUAGAAAUCAUGUACAUUUUAGGUUUUAGCUAAUUCGUUCGGGCACAAGCAAUGCUCAAUGCAAAUGUGAUGGGUUUUCCCGCCUUGUGUUCCUUCUUCAUCCUUUCUUCUUCUUUCUUAUUUUCUUAGAUUAGAGAUGACUUCGAUUGAACAUUUAAUUUUGCUGUAUCCAUAUAUUUGUUUUCUUGACGUGAAAAAGAACACGACAUGAAUCAGUAUGAACACGAGUAAAUUCAUUAUUGAUUUGUUCGACACCAUUCGGCACA